UUGAUACGGUCACACUGGUCGUCGAUUCGUUGUCUUGUGGAAAAGUUGGGUGGCAGAGUGAUACUUUUCGAUUUAAUUAAUUUCGCGCUGAUUAAUUGCUUUUUCCGAACUGACACAACCAUUACGAAUCACAGUUAACACGGGUGGCACAUGCCGAGCAGGCCCCCAAGAAAUUCAAAAGACUGAAAGCUCCAAAUAGAAAUAAAAUCGCUGCACCUGCACAGACGUGGAACGGAGGUGUCUGUGUGCAUCGCGAUUUCUAAUCACUCGCAAGACUUUCUUCCACUAAAAGUGACCAGAAAAGAGUCCAUAGCCCAGCCAUUUAGAAGUGUGCCACAUUUAACCCCCCGAAGACGCCGUCCAAUUCCGUAAGCCAGGCAGCAAAUAGAAUUAAAUAACAGGGACAAGAAAGAGAGAGAUAGUGAGAGAAGUGGGCACCUGGCGAGGGGCAGGGCAUUUUUUCAGAGAUUCGCUUUUAUUCUGGACAACGACGACGACAAGACCGAAUAACAACACCCAAACAUGAAUGGACAACCGCCCAAUGCGGGUCCUUCGAAUGUGGACCUAUACAUCACCCACCUGGAUCACGUGGGCCCGUACCUGAAGGUCUACGGCCAGGUAAACAGAGACGCCGCCUUCCUGGUCAGCAAGCGCAUCGAGCAGGUGCUGCCCACAUGCUUUGCCAUCGAGCCCAGUUGGUCAGUGGAGCGCCAGCAGGCUCUUCUCACACCCGGCACAUUUUGCGUCUUCAAGAGGACGAAUGGCCCGGCUCCCGGCGAUGUGGAGUACAUGCGGACACGUGUGGUCAGCGCAGAGCUGGACGGCCAGAUGAUGCGGACCGAGAUCGAGUUCCUGGACUUUGGCUACAAGCGCACUGUGAACAGUCAUGAUUUAAUGUUCCCCAAGCAGCCCAAGCUGCUGCAGAACAUUCCCCUGCUCUGCUCCCAGUACAUUGUGCUGGGCAUCUGCUCUGAUUGGGAGGCUGAUCUGGCUGUGGUUCACCAGCUAAUCGUCAACCAGACUGUACAAAUCGCAAUCGAUCCAAUACAGAUCUGUGGCCAAAAGUUCGCCAGCCUGCGAUGGAAGGACUUUGAGCUCAACGAGUUUCUGGUGCAACAGAGGCAAAUUGGAGCCCCGGUGGCCCCACAACUCAUGAAGGAUCACUGCAAGAAGCUGUGGAAGGAUGCUCCGCAGUCGCCCGUCAUCGAGCACAACAACAAUAGCAUACACAAUGCAAAGACGCCCACGGACAUUGCCCGUGAGCAGCUGGCGGUGCGUCGAUCCCUGUCCGCUCGCCUGGACGCACAGCGUUCGAUCCAGGUGACGCCACCAAGGCCGCUGAAUGUCGACGCACCAGACUAUUCGCCCAAACAGCUGCCUCUGUCUAAUGUGACAAAUGUACAGGUGCCAAUGCAAGGCCUGGCCAAUACUCAGAAGCCGGCGUUUGUGCCGGCAAAUCCUUUUAACCGUGCCAACUACCAGGCCGUUGAACCGGCUGCUCAACCUUUUGUGCCCAAGGCGGCUUCCCGAUCGCUUUACACUUACUAUAAUGUUCGCAUGAACAAACCGAUGACCGCCAUGCCACUGGUUGCUCCAAAUGUCCCCUUGCAGCCCUAUAAUCAGUCGGUGAACUACGUGCCACUUAGUUAUGCCCCGGCACGCUUCACCCCGCCGCCAACGCCUUCGCUGGCGCAGCGGGCCCAGCAACGCACCAUUCCGGCCUUCAGAACCACAAGCUUAACGGUAGGUCGCAACUACGACGUGGAUAUAAGCUAUGUGGAGAACGGUCCUUACCUGUUCUGGGUGCAUCUAAAGAGCAGCGGCAGUGAUCUGAGCGCCAUGAUGGGUCAGAUUGAGCGCACGAACCUAAAGCCCCUCACCCAGGCUCCAGAACUCGGGACCGCUUGUGUGGCCCGCUUCUCAGAAGAUGGCCACUUGUAUCGCGCUCUGGUUAGCGCUAUCUACGCCCAACGUUACCGCGUGGUCUAUGUCGACUACGGUAACUCGGAGCUGCUGUCGACCAGCGACCUCUUUCAAAUACCACCAGAGCUGCUGGAAAUAAAACCAUUCGCCUUUCGCUUCGCCUUGGCCGGAACCAAGGAGAUCGAGCCCAUUGACGAGAGCAUGAAACGGAUUUUCAAGAAAUCGGCCAUAUAUAUGAACUUCGAAUUGACUGUGCAGCCGCCGGAGAGCGUGGGCUCCAUGCAGACCUGCCACCUCAAUCAGAACGGCACCAAUAUGCUGGAGCUACUUAGACAGCUGAAGAACUCACGUCAAUCUUACGCCAAGGCGGAGCAACUGCAAAACGACGACGCCGUAGAGAUCCGCUUUAUUGAUUCGCCCAGCAAUUUCUAUGUGCAGAAAGUCUCCAACAUCGGAAAGUUCGAGCAGCUGAUGGACGAAAUGUUUUCGUACUACAAUGCAAACCAGAAAGUACCCGAUCAGUUAAUCUUGGGCGCACCCUGCAUAGUCAAAUGUGAUCAGGAAUGGUAUCGUGCUGAGAUCCUGCGCGUUGAUGAUUCUGUGAUUGUAAGGCACGUAGAUUUUGGCUACGAACAAAACGUAAAGCGCCACCUUAUUGGACACAUUGCCGAGAAGCAUUUGGAGAUGCCGCGCCAGGCAAUCAAGUGCUGUCUGAAGGGCUUCGAGAACAGCGAACUAAGUCAGGACAAGAUCACUGACCAGUUUGAGAUGCUGGCUGAGGAGUCCAACAUCCGUCGUCGCACAUUCAGUGUGCGUAUCUUUCGCAUCGAACCCGAUGGUCUGAAUGUGGUCAAUUUGCUGGCCAAGAACCUGAAUGUGAUGAAGAAACUAUACAAGCUUUCCAUGCCCUUCGAGCAGUAUCUAUCGCUCGAAAAGGGUCAGUUCAAUGCCAACAACACGCGCGCGGAGUCGGUGGUCUCUUCUGAGCUGGACAAAAGCCUAAUUCUUAACUCUACCAGCAUUGUGGAGAGUGAGGAUCGCCUGCAGUUACAGGACAAGCAGCAGCAGCCACAACAAAAGGAGCAGCCGCAACAGCAACAGCAACAAACUGUUGAAUCUCAUCCGCCAAUGAAAACAGGGGGAAGCAAAAACUCCGGAGACUGGGACAAGCGCAGCUCCACCUCGGCGGGGUCAAAGGACAGCAAGCGUCAGCAGCAGCAGCACAGUCAGCGAUUCGAUCGCCAUUUGGACUCGAGCUUUGAGACCCAGAGUACCAGCAGCUACACCAGUGGCAUGAGUUCGCCCCGCAAGGGCAACCGACAGCAGAAUGGCCGUACGCCGAAUCAGUCCCCACGGCACAAUGGAAAACAGGAAGCGAAUAAAAAUGCACGCUUUAAUAACAACGAAUCACCACGCAAGAAUCCAGAUGGGCAGCAGAAGAACCAACGCUCUCAGAAUGCACCACAGGGUUUUGCCCAAAAACCGCAGCGUCAAAAGUCCACGCUAGACGGUACCGCUAGCUCAAAGCGCACCAGCGGAGUGGAGAGUGAUGCGACCUCAUCCACCUCCGAAUCGGUGGCAGCCACUAGGCCGGAGAAGUAUGUCCCCCUAGAUAAACCCUACGUGCUGCAGGAUAGGACACCGGGGAAGGAGGCUGCUAGUCUGUCUUGGUGGGUUUCGCCUUUUCAAUUCUACGUGGUGCCAAAGUCGGCCUCCGCCAAGUACGAUACCGUCCUGCGCGAUAUGCGACAAUUCUACCGUCAGAAGCAGCAUCAGCCACUUCAAUUGAAGGUUGGUUCCACUGUGGUGGUGCGCCAGCGAAAGGACAACGCCAUUCUGCGAGCUACAGUGAUCGCCUGCAACCACAUGAUGCGCAAGUACCGAGUUUUUUGCGUGGACACGGGCAGCCUAAUUACCGUCACAUCAGAAGAUGUCUGGCAGCUGGAGCAGCGCUUCGCAGAGCCACCCUGUAUGGCCCAUCGCUGCAGCUUCCACAGCGUGGUCACCAACUACGAUCCCCUGUACAUUGUGGAUCGCAUGGAGAAGUUCGUUCCAGUCAAUGCCAAGGUGGAUUGCGAGUUUCUGUCCAAGGAGAAGAGCAACCACGGCUCAAAUAACACUAGUAGUGUCUCCUACACAGUCAACAUGUUUGUAAACGGAGCCUCGCUGCGGGACACACUGGUCAAGGCCGAAUUCCUGACUGAGGUAGCUUCAGAGAUUCGCGUAAGCCUUUUGGCUGGUCAGCAGAUAAGAGGCAAAUUCACUUCCAUUCGGGACAUGACGAGCUUUAAGGUUCAGCUUGAUUACUGCAACAAUGUUAACUUCCUGUGCAGCUACGACGAUGCGAAAUUCGUGAAGUCCAAUCCUGAUUUGGCCAGGCGAUUCAAGGAGUUCUACGAGGGCAAAUCGUUUGCCUUUAAUGUUAAGAAUGUCUGUGAAAACAACAUCAUUCACCUAAGACCUGUAAUGCCGCUGUUUAAGGAGGAUCGCAAGGCAUUUGUCUGCCCCUAUCCCGUAGUGCUGAGCUCAUUCCAAGCACUCGUGGUGUACACCGCUAAGCCUUACCGCAUAUUCGUCCAACCGCAGGCAAUUUUACCUGCGAUGCAGAAUUUAUUGGAUAAUAUGUUUGAGCACUAUGAGGCCAAAGGUAACUCCUUGAAGAAAUACGAUGCGGGACAGAUAUGUGCAGUCCAUAGUUCCGAUGGCAACUGGUACAGAGCCAGAAUCUCUGGAAAGGAUUCAAGUGCGGCACGCAUCGAGGUGUUCUACAUCGAUUACGGCAACACGGAUGAAGUAAAGCGUGACGAUAUCAAGGCAUUGGACAACAAGUUUUAUGAACACGCGAGCGGCUUCGCAGUUGAAGUCAAUUUGCCGCUCGGUCGUCCAAGCAACGAAACCAAACUACAGGCGCGUCUAGGUGAGAUUCUAGAGGAGAAGGUUGUCACUGUCAAAUCGAUUGAGGUGCGUCGCAAUCACCUCAUUGCCGAUGUUCUACUGGAGAACAAUCAGAGUGUGACAGACCUGCUCAAGGCAGAGAAACUCAUACCCGGCCAGGAUCUCGAUUACAUGCGCAAGCAGAUGGAGAAGGGAAAGGCGCGCACCUACGAGUUUAUUGAAAUGGUGGACCUAACCUUGGACGACGAGGAGGAAAAAGGGCGCAAGGAAACUGGCAGUAACAGCAAGUCGAGCUCGGCAAAUGCCUCGCCCAAGAAAAAGCAACAUAAUGAUAAAGAACGGGAGCCAAAGAAGAGCAAGGCAGUGGAGUCGGCUCCAUCUCCUGCCAUUUCACCAGUUCCAACGAAAGCGCCUACUCCGGUUCCUGUGGAGCCAACACCAGUGCCAAAACCACCCACUCCAGUUCCAGUGCCUGUAGAAGAACCAGAAGCCAAGCCAGUCGUCCAAGAGGCCGCUCCUGAGCCAGCGAAACCUCCAAAGGAAGAUCCAUACAAAGACAUGGAAACCGUAGUGCUUAGCCAUUGCGACAAUCCAGCUCACUUCUUUGUUCAUCCCAUCGACCGGCUGGAAAAACUGCAUCGACUGCAGGAAAACCUUCAGAUAGUAUCUCCGUCGUUGCCUCAAUUGAUGAAUGUGGUGAAUGGCGCUGACUGCAUUUCGCUGUACUCGGUGGACAAAUGCUGGUAUCGCGCCAAGAUCAUGGAUGCCGAGCUGAUGGUGCUAUUGUUUAUCGACUUUGGCAACACGGAUUGCGUAUCGGACACAACUGACAUUAAAGAGAGCAUGUGGUCGCACAUCGAGCCUUUCUGCUUGCCCUGUGCACUCCCCAUUUGCCCCAAAGGCACUGCCGAUUGGGUGGAUGCAGCGAAUGGCCUCUUCAACGAAUCAUACACAAAGAACCUGCACUUCGAGUACCUUACCCAAGGGGAUCACCAAACGACCAGCUAUGUUAAUGUGUUUAUCGAGGGCGAGGACGUGGCCAAGAAAUUGAUCGCCGAUGGAUUUGCUAGGCCCCUGGAGUAUGUGACCAGUGGAUGCAGCUGCUACAUAUCACACGUAAACGGCAUUUGUGACUUCUUUAUUCAGCUGGAAAGAGAUUCAAAAGCGCUCGAGCUAAUAGAGAUGUAUUUGCGCGAUGAGGAGAAACUGAAGCCUUUGGAGCGCUUCGAAAAGGGCUCCAUUGUGGCGGCGCUCUUCGAGGACGAUGAGCUGUGGUACCGAGCCCAGUUGCUUAAGCAGCUACCUGACUCCCGAUAUGAAGUGCUCUUCAUUGACUACGGCAACACCUCCACCACAUCAAAGUGCCUGCAGCUUUCCGAAGAGAUUGCUAGCCUCCCCAGCUUGUCCAAGAAAUGCACUCUGCAGUUGCCGGAGGGUUACACCUCUUGGUCUGCAGAGGCGGAGGCUAAAUUCGCCGAGCUAACUGGAGAGGGUGAGCUGGUCUUCACCACACAGCUUAUAAAGCCAGGUCAGGAUCACGUCACCAUUGAUCUUUUGUUGGAUGGAGAGAACAUAAUCGAGCGACUGCUUCCAUUGUGCCAGAGAAAGGAAGCAAAGGAAGCCAGCAAGGAGUCGCUGGCAGUCACCACGAAGGCCAUCAUUACACACGUGGAGAAUACCUCCCAUAUGUACCUACAGUUUAGCGAGAAGGAUGCCUUGAUGGAUAUUAUUUGCGAAAAACUGAAUGGCACAAUGCUGCAGCCCAAGAAGGAAAAGGGCUUAGUGGAUGAGUUGUGCGUGACUCAAUUUUCCGACGACAAGGAAUUCUAUCGCUCACGCAUUCUGGAAGUGCUCGAUGAUGACAAAUACAAAGUCAUAUUCGUUGAUUACGGCAACACGACAGUGGCUGACAAGCUGUACGAGUUGCCCCAAGAAUUUACGCUCAUCAAACCUGUUGCCGAGAUCUGCAGCCUGGAACACAGCGCUGAAUUCGAGAAGAACAAGACCUUGGCCCUUGCAACACUUGACGCUCUGCUGGACAGCUGCAAUGGUGUUGUGGCUGUGGAGUUUGUGGACAAGACGGCCAGUCCGCCGGUGGUCAGACUGACAUCCAGGGAUAAGAAGGCCCUGAACAUCAACGAGCAGCUUCAGAAGCUCAUUGAGGCGGAGUUAAAAGUAAUCCAAAAGAAAAACGAGAACUCCGAAUGUGUCAUCUCGCAUGGCAACUCACCGAAGAGUUUCUAUGUGCAAUUGAAGCACAAUUCAGCAGAUUUGGAUUUGAUUGUAAAGACACUGCAGUCGCUGAGCAGAGAGCAACUGAAGAUAUUGGGCGCUCCCAGGAUAAAUUCAAUGUGUGUGUGCUACUCUCAGGAGGAUGCCUGCUACUAUCGGUGCAUCAUUAAGUCUGUUUUGGAGGAAAGCAAGGGCUUUGAAACCUUUUUGCUGGACUAUGGAAACACUCUGACCGUUUCGGAGGUCUGGCAGUUGCCCCAGGAGAUAGAGUCGAUUUCACCACUGGCCUUGCACUGCCAGCUGAGUGAGAUCCCAAAAGAUGUGCCCGAUGUCAAGCUAGAGGAGGCCUUCGCCGCUCUACUGGAGCAACAUUUCGGGGAAGUCUACGAGAUAACAACUCAGCCGAAUGAGGAUGGAACGAAACCGCUUUCCGCUCAACUGCGUAUCAACUAUAAGGACUUUGCCCAGGAGCUGGCCAGCACAGUGGCCGGGGUGCAAAAACCGCUCGAAGUCGAGCUGCACAACUGCGUGGUGGUGCAGUACGAUGACCCACGAUCCUUCUACGUCCAGAUGGAGAGUGAUGUGCCGGCGUUAGAGAAUAUGACUGAUAAACUGCUGGAUGCAGAGCAGGAUUUGCCCGUUUUUAGUGACCUUAAAGUGGGAGCUCUGUGCGUCGCCCAGUUCCCAGAGGAUGAGGUUUUCUACCGUGCCAAGAUCGUCAAGGUUUUGGACGAGGGCAAGUGCGAGGUGCACUUUAUUGAUUUCGGCAACAACGCCGUGACCCAGCAGUUCCGCCAGCUGCCCGAGGAGCUGGCCAAACCGGAGCGAUACAGCAAACACUGCGAGCUAGAGGCGGCCACCAUGGCCAAGUGCGAUGUGGCCCUGCUGCAGACAUUCAUUGACGCACGUUUCUCCGAGACAUUCCAGGUGGAGAUUCUGGCCACCCACGGAGCUGGCACCCAUGUCGUGCGGCUCUUCUACCAGAGCAAGAGCAUCAGCGAGAUGCUGCGCCUGCAGGAGAAGUAGUGACAGAUCGGACGGAUUGCAAUUCAUAUAUACUCCCAGAUGCAGGAGAUUGUGAUUAGUUUGGCUAAAACAUGCGUUGUAUUAUCUAUUGAGUUGAACGAGUUUAACUUAUUCAAAUGGAGGCGGAAGCCCUUACGAUUUUGAUUAGCCAAGAUGCUUCAUUGAUUUUUCAUGGAAAACCAAAAUGAAUGCUAAUUUUAAUUUACAUUAAUGAAUCAAUACGGAAAACACAACCACAUUAUCACCAAAAAAAAAAAAAACAACAAAACGAAAAAAUCGAACAAAAAAAAACGAAAAAACAUUUUGAAAAUGUACAAAAACAAACGAAAAAUAUUUAAAAACCGCAAAAAAAAAUGUGAAAUCUAGAUAAAAUUGGCACUAACCAAUGAAUGUUAGUAGCUUUAAAGGCGAAGGACGAUUUAUAUAAUGUUGCUCAACCUUGUGUAAAACAAUUUUACAUCAUCAACGAACGUUGGCGAAUUGAAGAGAAGCGGAGAGAAUAUUGAACCUCCGGACGAAGAAUUAUUUAUUUUCCCUUUAUAACUUAAUUUUUACAUUCUUUUCUCGAUUAACCAACUGAAGAUCACUUAUUUGUUUUUCAUUUUUACUUUUCAUUAUCUAAACAAACGAAAAAACAUUGCAAAGCGAAGACUAAAAGAAACGUACGGAAACUAAUGGAAUAUGGGUUUAUGUAUUAAAACCUUUAAUAAUCACAAUGUCAUAUUUUUCUACCAUUUCUUUUUCAUGUUGUGAACAAAAUAUUAAAAACAAACCAAUAAACAUGAUGAAAAGUAAA